GGCACUUUCGCCAAUCUAUCCCCCUUUCAAUCAAACACUCCGCCAUUUCUUCCUCAGUCCACGAGUCCAACCAAAUAGACUCAUCAUCACCUCCUAAGCGUAGCAUAGCAUAGCAUCAUAGUAGUAUUUUACCACUACUACUUCUAGGCUACUAGCAUAUGCAUAAAGCUCUGCCACCUUCGCAGCCUGCUCCUCCUCCUUCCCACCUUCUUUUCCGUUGUACUACACCGUUUACUUCAUCCUCUUCGACCUUCCUCUCAUCCCUUUUCAUCCCACCUCGGAUCACCAAUCACGAUCAUCUAUAAAGCGAGAAGUUAACUUUGUUGAUAGUAGUGAUUUUUUUUUUGUUUUCAUUUUUAUUUGGGAUUUUUGGGCUUUUUUUUUUUUUAAAGUGGCAGUGGUAGUUUGGGGUGGGGAAGAUGACGUCGGGGACGAGGCUGCCGACGUGGAAGGAGAGGGAGAACAACAAGAGGAGGGAGAGGAGGAGGAGAGCUAUCGCGGCCAAUAUAUUCGCCGGCUUGAGAAUGUACGGGAACUACAAACUCCCAAAGCAUUGCGACAAUAAUGAGGUCCUUAAAGCCCUCUGCAAUGAGGCCGGCUGGAGUGUCGAGCCCGACGGCACCACUUACCGGAAAGGAUGCAAGCCAGUGGACAGAAUGGAUAUCAUGGGUGGAUCAACAUCAGCAAGCCCGUGUUCAUCUUAUCACCCAAGCCCAGGAACGUCAUACAACCCAAGCCCUGCUUCUUCUUCCUUCCCAAGUCCAGCUUCUUCCCCAUAUGCUGCAAAUAUCAAUGGUGACGGAAAUUCCCUCAUCCCAUGGCUUAAGAACCUCUCGUCUUCCUCCUCCUCGACAUCCUCCACCAAAUUCCAACUCCUUUACCAUGGUGGGUCCAUAAGUGCACCUGUUACCCCUCCCCUGAGCUCCCCUACUGCCCGGACUCCGCGAUUGAAGACGGACUGGGAUGAUUCCUCUGCUCGUGCUAGCUGGGGCUCUCACAGCCCCUUCCUUCCGUUAUCUACACCUCCCAGUCCUGGACGUCAGGCCCCUCCUGAUUCAGAAUGGUUUGCUGGAAUGCAAAUUCCACAAGGCGGACCAACUUCACCUACAUUCAGCCUUGUCUCCGCCAAUCCAUUUGCCUUCAAAUUCGAGUCCCUAAGACACAGUGGCUCUCGCAUGUGCACUCCAGGGCAAAGUGGGACCUGCUCGCCCGCCAUACCUGCAGGCUCUGAUGUUCCCAUGGCUGAAGUAAUUUCCGAUGAGUUUGCAUUUAGAAGCAUUAAAGGUGGUCUGGUGAAGCCAUGGGAAGGAGAGAGGAUCCAUGAAGAUUGUGGUUCAGAUGAUCUUGAGCUUACCCUUGGGAGCUCAAAAACCAGAUGAAUGUAUGCAUCAGGAGGGCGAAUAAAAGGGCAGUCCUUUAAUGCAUCCUGAAGGUCAGAAAAGGAUCGGAGUCGAGGUUUUUAGGGAGCUAGUUUGCAGUCAUCCUGGGUUCUCUCGUUAAAAGUCUGCAACAUGAUUGUUGAGCUGUGAAGUGACUUUGCAUCGCUGGUAAGCUUGAAAGCAAGCCCUCAAGGAGAAAGGGUUGGUGGCUUUUUCUUUCUUGUCUGCAAUUGGAAGCUUUGAAUGUCAAAUUGUCUUAUGAAUUUUUAUAUAUUCCAAUGGUUCAAGCUAGUCGGGCUUCUGCUGUACCGUGUUUCUUCAGUAACUUAUUCACUCAAUUUCAAGAUUGCGACUUU